GAUUGAGAUGUAUCCACCAAUCCAAAGAAAGGAUAUGCGGUCGCCUAGACAGCCCACAGUGCCGCUUUGUGGACGACUCCCAUUGUUAGGGCGGAGAGACAUGUAAAUCUUGUCAGAAUAUUCAUCAUCUUUGGUCAAGCACAGCAGCGAUGGGAAAACUGCCUUGGCUGGAAACAAUCGAUUUGUCAGUAAAUAAUACAAAACCCAAAGUAAGGUAUUAUGACGAACAGGGUUGCAAAAGUAUCACCCUGUUUUCUUGACUUGUCAGCACGCAACAUGUGACCAAUUGCAGCCACACGGAACUUGCUAGUAAGCCUGCUUGUAAGGUUGGUAAAUUCAUUGAAACCAUUGGCUAUCUAGCUAAAAUAAAGUGCUAGCUUGAUAACGUUGGAUCAUUGUUAAAGUUAACUCGCACCAAGUUGUCACCCAUCUGCUCCAUUUAUGUAACUAAUGUUAGCUAGCUAGAGUCUAUAAACAGUUAACAGUAAGGGUCUGUUUCUGUGUCAUGAAAGUCAAAGCCUGCUAGUUACAUAAAGCAAAACAGCUAGCUAAAGCCUAGCUAAUGUUGUGUUAGCUAGCCAUGUUGAUGGUGCACUAACUUCGAUAGAUUGUCUCUGGUUGUCAUUGCAAACGAGUUGCAGUGGUGGUCAAUUAGCCUGCUAGGGGUAGCAAUCUGGUCUCGAGCUCUCCGGCGCCUAGCUAAGAAUUUAACUCCUAUUGUAAAACGUCUUCUCUUUUCAGCAAUAUAUAUUGCUAUCUGGCGCCUAGGGAAGGCAGUUGGCUGUGUCUAACUUUAGGAUCAUCAACGUAUGUUGCCUGCAAGGUUAUCUGUUUUGAAUACAUAGCUAACGUUAGCUAGUUACAUUAUUGCAUGCGCAAAUUGACAAAUCAGGUACUUUGUGUUUGGUAACAUAUUUUUUUAUUAACAAUAGUUUCAAUUCACUUAGGCCAAUCAUCACAUAUUAAAACAUACAUAACUUAUGGGUAUAUACAACCAGUUUUGGAUUCACCUAAUGUUUGUAUGGCCUACCUAUUAAACAAAGAAAAUACCUCUUUUAGGAAUGGGUUUUUCUUUUUUUGACUAUGGUAAUGAGUAUUGACACUGGAUUAAGUUUAGGCCCACCCUUUGUAUUCAGUGGAAGGCCUCUCAUUCUUUAAUUUUUUUAAUUUAUUUCACCUUUAUUUAACCAGGUAGGCUAGUUGAGAACAGGUUCUCAUUUGCAACUGCGACCUGGCCGAUUCUAACGUAACCCUCCUGGUCUUUUCACCGGCUGUCAUUCUUCUGUCCUGUGUCAGUGUGUCUCCUAUGUCAGCAGUGUGUUGGCUUAGGCUAGGUCAGUCUGCUAUGCCCCCCUGCAAGAGAGGAGACAGACAGUGAGUGUGGUGGCCCGCUGCGUUGUUGGACUGUGUGGGUUAAUGAUUGAGUGCUGACAGGUAUAUUUACAUAGCUGUUUUAUUGAACUUCCAAGUAAUGUUCUCUCCUCUCUCACAGGAUUGUGAGCAUACAAUAAAAGUUGCUUAGGCUGGCUAUAGACACUUAGAGAGCAUUCAGCCUCAAAGUUGAUUCGCUCUGCUCUGUCAGUGUUUUUUCUUGUUGGAGUUCCAGUCAUAGACCUCACUGCUCAUUCUAACCAGGGAUGUGGCUUCAUCCACACAGCAGGGACUAACCUCAGCUGCCACACAGGGACUAGCCUAACCACACAGGCAGGCAUUGACCACCGUUGAAGUCUGCCAUCACUGUUCAUUUAUUCCUAUAACCAUGGCUGACAGCAACACCAUCAGGCUCCGAGUCUUCUCCCUCAACUGCUGGGGUAUCCGUUACCUCAGCAAGCACUGUCGGGAGCGCUACGCCAUGAUCGGAGAGCUUUUGAGCAGAGAGGAGCACGAUAUUGUCCUGCUGCAAGAGGUCUGGAGUGAAAAAGACUUCCUCUGCUUGAAAAGGAAACUUUCCUCUACCCAUCCGCACUCCCAUUACUUCAAAAGUGGAGUCAUAGGCAGUGGAAUGGCCACGUUCUCCAGACAUAGAAUCCAUGACGCAUUUCUCUACCGCUAUUCAUUAAACGGCUACCCAUACAUGGCCCACCAUGGAGACUGGUUUGGAGGCAAAGCUGUGGGGAUGGUCAUAUUAAACAUAGGCAGACUGGCAGCACACGUCUACGUCACACAUCUGCAUGCAGAGUACUGCAGGGAGAAAGACUCCUACUUACCUCAUAGAGUGGUACAGGCCUGGGAGCUGCAGCAGUUUAUUCGUCAUACCUCCAGUGGAGCAGACCUGGUGAUUUUGGCCGGAGAUCUGAACCUGCAUCCCCAGGACCUUGGCAACCGGUUGCUACGGACCUACACUGGCCUCCGGGACAGUUACACAGAGACUGCUAAGUUUGAUGGCUGUGAGGACGGCAUCACACUUAUAGCAGAUAACCCUUUCAUCAAUCCCAAAGAGCUCUGCCCCUUCGAGAAGGGCAUCAGAAUAGAUUACAUCCUCUACAAGGGGUCAGGAAGAGUCUCCAUCCAGUGUGAGUCUCUGUCAACCACCAAGGGUUCUGUCCCUGACCAUCCCUUCCCUUACUCUGACCACGAGGCCCUUAGCGCAGACCUGCAGCUGCAGACUCUGACCCAACAGGCAGGAAGAGACGAGACCAGAGGUGAGCAGGACUGUGCUGCAGGUAAGCUGGCUGAGCUGGUGGACAUUGUGACGGAGGCCCGUACUGAGGUGAAGGUGGGCCUGUACUGUGCUGAGAGGAUGCGCUACACAGCAGCUCGUACCGGGGUGAUGGGCAUGGCCCUGCUGCUGUUGGAGCUGGCCAUCGCUGCUGUUCCCUGGCUGGCCCUGAGAGCUGACCAACCCUUCCCCCGGGCCUCCUUUUACCUAUUGGGGGUGCUGUGCUUUGCCAUCCUGAUCACCACCUUCCUGCUCUACAUCUUCUACACCAUGGAGGUGAAGGCUCUACAGGGGGCAGAGGACCAGAUGAGGCUGGCUGUGGGGAGCCUCCAGGAAAGGCUGAGGGGAUUCCCCCUUGCCCAGCCUCUGAACCGCCUCUGUAGGCCACUGGAAGGACAGGACCCCUGCCCUCUGGAGCCAGAGGAAUAGAGGCAGGAGGAGGGUGGGGGUAUAAAAUGAACUGUGAGGAACUGAUCUUAAAGAGGGAAUCUGCUGUAGGGGAAAUAAUGCCCCAUGGCUGUUUUUGUUGAUGAAGCAGCGGUGGGGAGCGUCGAGGAUUAAGAUCAAAUAAAUGACAGUACAUAUGCAGCUGUUCUAUCGCGUGGUGAAUGACGUCCGAUGGGGGAAAAGUGUUUGCAGUUACUUAUUUGCUGUUGUAAUAUUGCAAACGGACGUGGCAGUUUCACCUUUAAGGAUACCAGCUUUAAAGAGGUCCUGGGACUGUCUGCAUCGACUGAAUGUACUUUAUGCUAUUGAGGAUUCACUGCAGUAGAAGCAUGCAGCAUAAGGUUUAACUUAAUGACUUGAACCAGAAGAAAAGGACAUUUCUUGAAGUGGUUUUGCUCAUGUGCUUAGCUGCUAUGUUUUGUUUAGUUUUAACAUUGUCCAUCUGUAAAUUCCACUCUGCAAUCUUUGGAUUGCUUACUUACUCAUCUUCAUUCUCGAAACAAUGACAGCUUCUCGUGACAAUUGGCCAUGAGACAAUCAGGUGAUAAACACAUUCUUAACGUACAUCUUUCCUAUAGUCCAGACUUGAGGAUUGCAUUGGCACUAGGAGGUUCCUCAGGUCUGGCUUGCAUUCCACCACUCAGGGUCUUGGUGGGACCAAUUCUUUCCUCUGUUUCAUGACUUCCUUUUACAGUGUAUAGCAGCUUAGAGCCUCUUUAGCACAACUCGGGGACGAUGUAUGACGUCUGCUUUUAGUUGGAGCCAUGUUUUGUUCAGUUGUUGUGAAUGUUACACUAAGUUCCAAAUUGACCCCCCUAGCCCUUACACCCUAGGCACUCCUGGAGAUCUGAAAGGCUUGGAUAGGUGGAUGCAUUGCUGUCGUAGCUUUGUCUACUGAUUGGAUGGGUGGAACUAUUACCAUAUUGCUUCCACCUAUCCAAAUCCUCUCAGAUCAGCAGGAGUGUCUUAAGGAGUAGUCUUAAGGGUCCAUUUGGAAUUCAGCAUCCGAGUACCCUGCAGGACAAGAGCUCCUCUGACAUGGCCAGUUUCAAAUGGACUGUGGGGCGACAAAGCACAGUUCCCCCUCUUGAGCUGUACAUUAGGCUUUUAUUUCGUAGACGUGUUGGGAGGAGAUGAUCAGAUCUCUUGAGCGGUGGCUGCACUGUCCCAAAGAGAGAGAUUUGAACGCAUUCGCUUGUCUUUGUGUAGUGUUUUUAGAAACUGUUGAUUUUAAUCAUAGUCAUUUGCUCGAAUGAUUUGUAUUUAUGACGUUAACAAAUAAUUUUGGUAACCAAUCAAGGCACACUUGUAAAGAGUCACUUAGAGUUGAGAAGAUCAAGUUUGUUUGGGUACCUGCACUUGAUUAGCAAGAUAAAGCUUUUAAUGUACCUACCUUAUAAUUGAAUGUACUGUAAAACGAAGGCCAGUGCAACCAUUGCUGCAUAUGCAGAGAUUGUCAAUUUAAAAGCACAGAACUGUAACCCUGUCCUGCUUCUUUCAGGGGUUCAGUUUAGUGCAAUUAAUGAUGGGAAAAGACUGAAUCAUUUGUUUGUUUUUUAUAUUACACAUAGAUACAUUCAAUUAUCAUCACAAAUGUGGGCUAGUUAAAUGUAUCUUGUCACUCCUUUGAAUCAUCUUGGUUAAAAUGGAACUCUAGCUAAUAUUGUGUAGUUACUAACAAUCCAUGGUAACAUUUCAGGCAGUAUUCAAUCCACUUGAUUAUAUGGAUUGUUAUUGACAAUUUGAAGGACAUGAUUGUAAAGUAAAUAAUAAAUAGUCUAUACUAAUA